CUGGCUCGAUCCUAUUCAGUUGUGAGUCAGCCAUGUUGCUGUGGGUCCGAGGUUACAUGUGGACCAGACCAGCAUUUGUCGCUGCCAUCCAGUUGUUCUCCCGCCAUGAGAGUGAGCAAGAGAACCCUGAGGAUGAGAUCAUCCUGCUGAUCAAAAAGGCCAAGAUGGCUAACCUGGCGUUUCUCCGGGGAGACCACCUUAAUGCUGAGAAACUUUUCAAAGCAGCAAUGAGCCAGCUCUUGCAAUCUGGAACUCCGGAGGAUGAUAAUGCAAUGAUUGAGAUGUCCCUCAAAUUGUGCAACAUCUACGUGAGCACUGAACAGCACGGCCUAGCUGUGGAGGGCUACAAAUGGUGCAUUGAGACAUUGGAGGAGAAGGUCCAGAGAGAGAAGGAUGUUCCUGAAGUAUCCGUAUCGGCUGCUGAGAAGGCCAAUACCCGUCUGCUGUUGGGGAUGUGCCUGGACUCGUGUGCUCGCUACAUGACAAGCCAGAAGCAGCUGGUGUUAGCAGAGAGUCUGUAUCAGCAGGCACUGGCAAUCUCUCAGCAAGUGCAGGGGGAGACUCACCCACAGACCGUUGUGCUGAUGAACGAUCUGGCCACCGUACUGGAUAUGACGGGCCAUCAGGAUCGAGCCUAUGAAUAUGCCACAAGAGCCUCAAACCUGGCGAGAGAGACCAGCCACCCAGACCAAUGUGUGAUUCUCAGUAACCUGGCCAGAGUGCUCAUGCACAGAGGGGACUAUCAUGAAGCCAGAUGUGUUUAUGAAGAGGCAUUGACACUAGCAGAGUCAAGUGCUGACAAACCAAUCAUUCAACAUAUUCGCAAUGGAAUGGAGGAACUGCAGGCUAAGGCUCAGCAAUCCCAGGAGGUCAGGGAAAGUACUCAUUAAAUGGGAGAACUUAAGACUAGUUUUUUCCUUGAUGGUGCAACAAUUCUCUGGAGGGUUUUUCCACAAUGUUUGGAUGUAAUUAAUGCUUUAACCAAUGACUCAGCGAGGAACCUUCUCAUCUCAGAGUCAGAGCGUCACAGGUUCAAGCCCCAGUCCAGACACUGGAGCAAAACUCCAAUCCACUGUCGAGGGAGCGCUGCAGUGUGGAAGGGUCAGUACACUGGGAGUGUCUCAGUGCCGGAGGGUCAGUGCUGAGAGGGUGCGCUCUGUUGGAUUGUCAGUGUUGAGGGAGUGCCGCACUGUCAGAGGGUCAGUGCUGAAGGAGUGUCGAGUCGUCUUCUUUGGGUGAAACCUUUAAACUGAGUCCCAGAUUUAGCUGUCAGUGCCUCUGUUUGUAACAGCAGGAGUUAACAUUCAUUUUAAGGGAAGUACAUUCUGGGGCAGAGCCCUGUGUGAUUUUAGUGCAGUUAUUUUAAUAAAAUAAUCAAAACCAAUACCAUAUCUGUGGUGCAGCCUGGGGAAGGGCAAGUGUGGUUGAUGGAGCAGUGCUGUGAAAGCUCGUGUUUCCAAAUAAACCUGUUGGACUAUAA